GUGGAUAGGGCACUUAUCAGUUCUCGAGUUCUUUGUAUUGGGAGUCGCCUUCUGCGCCAGUGUGUGUAAAGGCUGCACUUUCAACGGAGCUCUGUGAUAUAUUUGUUAUUUAAAGUUACGUCGCACUUAUUUCGACAAUGAAGAGUUUUGUGUCGAUUCUUGUGUGUUUGGCGGUAGCCGCUGCAGCAUCUGCGGAGACCUGCUUCAAUGAUGUCUCCAUGGACUGCGGACAGGCCUCAAACAGUUUGUCCAUGCCAAGUUGUAAUGCUGUGUACAGCAACUUUGGCCGUCAAGGCAAUGUUGCCAAUGAAAUGCAGGCAUAUGCCAACCUGCAUCUGAAGAGGUCUUACGAAUACCUGCUCUCAGCGGCCUACUAUGACAACUUCCAGACAAACAGGCCGGGAUUCCACAAGCUGUUCAGGAAACUGGCUGAUGACAGCUGGGCUAAGACUAUUGAGCUCAUCAAGCAUAUUACCAAGAGAGGUGGCGCGAUGGACUUCUCCCGGCACAGCUCGCAGGAGACGGGCGAGGACCGCAACGGCACGAUCGAGCUGCACGAGCUGGAGUCCCUGGCCCACGCCCUCGACACGCAGAAGGAGAUCGCCGAGAGAGCCUUCUUCAUUCACCAGGAGGCCACCCGCAAUAACCACAAGACUCAUGAUGCUGAGAUCGCCCAAUACCUGGAGGAGGAGUUCAUCGAAGACCACUCCAAGACCAUCAGGGAGCUGGCCGGUCACACCUCGGACCUCAAGCAGUUCAUUGUGGCCAACAACGGACAGGACCUGUCCCUCGCCCUCUACCUCUUCGACGAGUACCUCCAGAAGGUCGUCUAAACUUAGUGUUGCCAUACUCCGUAACCUCCACUAUUUAAUUAGAAUGGCAACAGUACAAAAUAGGCUGUUAUUAAAAUUAUUUCGAAUACCCCCUACGUAUUUUAGGUUAUGCAUGUAGUUUUUUUUUUAUUUGGAAUUAAAAAUUAUUACGUA